GUUAACUACAUAUAUAGAGAAGAAUGUCGCCCUUCUUGUGGAUAGAUUUUCCUCAAGGUGGAAAGAGAUCAACCCAUUAGCAUUCCAACAUGCUUCUCUCGUUGGCUUUUCUGAGUGCCCUAUCGCUAGCCACGGCAUCGCCGGCAGGACGGGCCGAGAACACUACGAGAUACGACUACAUUGUCGUGGGAGGAGGCACAAGUGGACUUGUGGUCGCGAACAGACUGUCUGAGGACCCCAAGGUCUCGGUCCUUUUGAUUGAGGCCGGGGCUUCUGCGUUCAAUAACCCAGACGUAACCAACGUUGAUGGUUAUGGAUUGGCUUUCGGCUCAGCCAUCGACUGGCAAUAUCAGUCGGUGAACCAAACCUAUGCAGGAGGCACACAACAGGUUCUGCGCGCUGGUAAGGCUCUUGGAGGAACCAGCACAAUCAAUGGUAUGGCUUAUACUCGCGCCGAGGAUGUGCAGAUUGAUGUAUGGCAGAAGCUUGGGAAUGAGGGUUGGACCUGGAAGGAUCUCCUACCAUAUUAUUUGAAGAGUGAAAACCUGACCACUCCUACCACCUCACAGGCGGCUGCCGGUGCUGCCUACAACCCUGCCGUGAAUGGACAAGAAGGCCCUCUCAAGGUCGCCUGGAAAGCAAACCUGGCCACCGGUAAUCUGACGGUUGCUCUGAACCGCACUUUUCAAGCAGGCGGUGUUCCUUGGGUUGAGGAUGUCAAUGGAGGCAAGAUGCGCGGUUUCAACAUUUACCCAUCCACUAUCGACAUUGACCUCAAUGUUCGUGAGGAUGCCGCCCGUGCAUACUACUUCCCCUUUAAUGACAGAAAGAACCUCCAUUUGCUGGAGAACACUACAGCCAACCGUCUUUUCUGGAAGAACGGCUCUGCUGAAGCUACUGCGGAAGGCGUCGAGAUUACCUCCGCUGAUGGCAAGGUCACUCGUGUCCACGCUAAGAAGGAGGUCAUCAUCUCCGCCGGUGCCCUGCGCUCUCCUCUCAUUCUUGAGCUUUCUGGUGUUGGAAACCCAAGCAUCCUCAAGAAAUACAACAUCGCCCCUCGCGUCGAACUUCCCACAGUCGGCGAGAACCUCCAGGAUCAGUUCAACAAUGGCAUGGCUGGCGAAGGAUACGGUAUCCUUGCCGGUGCCUCUACCGUCACUUACCCUUCGAUUUCGGACGUCUUCGGCAACGAGACCAACUCAGUCGUUGCAUCUCUCCGCUCCCAGCUCUCCGAGUACGCCGCCGCCACGGUCAAGGUCAGCAACGGCCUCAUGAAGCAGGAGGAUCUGGAGCGCCUCUUCCAACUGCAGUUUGACCUCAUUGUCAAGGACAAGGUUCCCAUCGCCGAGAUCCUCUUCCACCCCGGCGGCGGAAACGCUGUGUCCUCCGAAUUCUGGGGCUUGCUCCCCUUCGCCCGUGGUAACAUCCACAUCAGCUCCAACGACCCAACUGCCCCCGCCGCUCUCAACCCCAACUACUUCAUGUUCGACUGGGAUGGUAAGAGCCAGGCUGGUAUCGCCAAAUACAUCCGGAAGAUCCUCCGCAGCGCACCAUUGAACAAGCUCAUUGCCAAGGAAACCAAGCCCGGUCUGGCUGAGAUCUCGGCCACUGCUGAGGAUGAGAAAUGGGUUGACUGGCUCAAGGCCAACUAUCGCUCCAACUUCCACCCCGUCGGAACCACUGCCAUGAUGCCCCGUUCUAUGGGUGGUGUUGUUGACAACCGUCUCCGUGUCUACGGCACCAGCAAUGUUCGUGUCGUUGAUGCGUCCGUCCUGCCUUUCCAGGUUUGCGGUCACUUGGUUAGCACGCUUUAUGCGGUUGCUGAGCGCGCUUCCGACUUGAUCAAGGAGGAUGCUAAGAGUGCUUAG